AUGAGGAGUACUGUAUUUGUUUUGUUGAUUAUUGGCUUUGUUGGUGCAAAACACAUCGAAUUGCCUGAACCAUAUAAGGAUCAUUGUAUUUUGGAUGAUAAAAAGAAUUUGUAUGAUCCAACUAAACAAUUUGAUAUUCCAUGGUGAGUUCGAGUUUGAUCAAUUGAUCGAUUUGAAUAAUUCCAGUUCCAAAUAUCUGUUUUUCAAAUUUGGAUAAAUUAGGUUGUUUAGUCUCUUGAAGUUGCGAAUUCUCUAAAUGUUUUUGAUCUCAAUUUAAAUUGGACCGAAAAGUAAUCAGACUUUCGAGACAAAUCCAAAAAUUGUAUUAUUUCGUUCCAACUCAGAAGUCUUCUCUUAAAAUUAAAAAUUUUAUACUUGUCAAAAAUUAGGUCUUUUUAAUGACAGUCGUUUCGGUCUACGCCGAUGUUUUGAUAAUUUUAAUGCUGUGAUUUUUGAAUAAAAACAAAUACCCAGAAUGUUUGAUCCAGAAAAAGUUCUGAUCUUUAUUGGGCCUGCGAUUUUAAGUAUCCAAAUUCCACGCUUGCUUGAAUUUUCGAGUAAAAAAAUUCGCAAUAUUUUCAUGAUCAACUUUUAAAAAAAAAUUCCAAAUCUCCCAGCUUCGAUUCUUAGAACUCCCAUCUGAAAUAUCGCCCGAUUCCGCUUCAAAAAUCUAUUUGUAGAUUGAUCAUCAUCAACGAUUUAGACCAAAAACCUCAUAAAUUAUCACUUUCCCAUUUAUUUUUAUCACCAACAUUUUUUGCUCUGCCCAUCAAUUUUCGUUAUCAAAUGUAAAUAUUUUGCAGGUUCGAAGUAAACCUUGAUUUGCCUCCAUCAGAAAGAUGGAAACAAGUUGGAACAGCUUAUAAACAACAAAUUACUGAUUUGAUUGGUGUUUUGAUUGAUCUUGUUUUACCAGUUUUCCCGGAUGCUCUCACAUUUGUCGACGAUGUUUUCGGUGAUUUAGCAACAAAACUUCCACAACCAUAUCGAGAUGAAAUCAAAGCAAUCUCUGACGUCACUGGAAUUCCACUCGGACAAAUCACAAUGUAUAACAUUUUCUACGAAAUUUUCACAGUUUGCACUUCAAUCGUCGCUCAAGAUCAUCAAGGAAAUCUUGUUCACGCUAGAAAUCUUGAUUUCGGUCUUUUUAUGGGAUGGGAUGCUGAAAUUCAUGAUUGGCCAAUUUCCCAAAGAUUAAGAAAAAUGAUUAUUAAUGUUAAUUGGACACGUGGCGGUAAAUUGGUUUUCAAAUCAAACAAUUUUGCGGGAUAUGUUGGAAUUUAUAAUGGAUUGAAACCAAAUGCAUUCUCAAUCACAGCUGAUGAUCGUUUCCAACUUGAAGGUGGAUAUUAUGGAAUAUUCAAAUGGUUAUUCGGACUUGAACCAGAAGGUAAAUGGAUGUCUUGGUUGGCACGUGAAACAUUGGAAACAGCCACAACUUAUCAAGAAGCUAAAGAACAUUUGAUGAAUACACCAAUGCUUUCACCAGUUUACUUUAUUUUGGGAGGACAUCAAGCUUAUGAGGUACUUUAAAAUUUUUUAGAUCUAUUUCAAACCUCAUGAUUAUUUCUCAGGCUUCAAUCAUUGCUCGUAGUUUGAAUGGAACUGCACUUUUAACCGAAAUGGGAAAAGAUGAUUGGUAUUUGCUCGAAACAAAUUAUGAUCAAAAUCAAGAGCCACUUUUCCUUGAUGAUCGCAGAACUCCAGGAGUUCGUUGUAUGGAAAAAUUGGGACAGAAAAAUGUCGAUUUCGCUGGAAUCUUUAAUGUUUUGUCGUCAAGAACUAAUUUGAACAAAUUAACAACUUAUACAGUUCUCAUGUCUGUUCAAACAAGCAGAUUUGAAACUAUUCUUCAAUCUUGUCCAGGAGAAUGUUAUGCAUGGUAA